AUGGUAAAGAGACGGAAGAAAGAGGGCGAGGGAGAAAAAUUGAGCCAGACGGAGGAGAGAAAGGAGAAGAAGUGUGAGAGAGAUAAUGAAAGCGGAUAUAAGAGAAUGAAGAUUGGGAAGGGGUGGAGAGGCCUGGAGAUGGGGAAUGGUAAAUUCAAAUACAUGAACUAUGCCACGUUCAACGACACAAAUCAAGUGGUAAUAAAGGACAUGACACAACCAACCCCAGAACUACUCCAAGCUUUGGGAGAGAGUCACGGCCCGCCAGGUCUACAAACGAACUAUCCAGGAGGAUACCACGAAGUCAUCACGAGCGGAGGAGCCAUCGCCCCGGAUCUUCCGGCGAAUCCGGCAUCGUGUUUCCUCAUCUCGGCCUUUAGGGCUUCAUCAGACAUCGACUCACUCGACGUCGAGAAGGAGAUCGAUCUCCUAACAGGGCUCGACAUCGCCAAGAACGCGUCAUCGUCCAGCGGCAAAUUCCAAGUCGGUCCAUGGGCCCUCUACAAGCGAUUCACGCCUGCCAUCCCGUUCCAGCCCUUCGACUUGGUCUUCCGCCUCGAGCUCCAGGGCCUUGACUCGGACCUAGAACCAGCCAAGAAGCUAGUCCAGGAACUCAACAAGGCCCCGACGGUAGAAGGAGUCGAGCGCUCCUGCACGGAAUUAUAUCAAAUCCAAGCAAAAGAUGUCGUCGUGCACGAAUGAAAAUAUAGAGCGCCAGCUUGUGCUGUAUAACAGUACAGGUUUUGCGCCGACGAAUCGCAGUGUUAUUGAGCGCUCCAACAUAUAGAUAAUGAUCAUAAUUAUAUGCUUUGUACGAUGCUGGUUGCACGCGAGAAAACCUACAGUGAAAAUUCUAUUUGCAGCGAAUUUCAAAAGCGGUAAAGUGAAAAAAAUGAGAUGUGCAACGUAAUAUAGGCCUAUGAUGAAUAUAGUGAUGAUUCAAUUAUUGUUCGUGUAUAUAAUAAUUGCCAUAAAAAUACUUGUUGAUACGAAUUUGUUGUUGAAAUUUGUUAAUAUUGCUGCAAUGUGAUAAAUGCAUACAUAAUUAAACGUUUUUUCUUAGAAAAAGGUAUAAAAUUAAAAAGGUAGGCGUAUACUAUAAAACGUUGUUUUCCAAAAUGCCCCCCCUGCUUGAAACACAGUGUUACAUAGUGUGUUCACAGUGUUUUUGGAGUAUGUUCAUACUGUGUUCAAUCUGUGUUCACAGUAUGCUCACAGUGUGUUCACAAAGUGUUCAUAGUGUUUUCAAAGAGUGUUCAUAGUGUGUUCACAAUGUGCUCAUAGUGUGUUCAUAGCAUACCCAUGGUGUGUUCACAGUGUGUUCAUAGUGUGUUCACAGUGUGUUCAUAGUGUGCUCAUAAUUUGUUCACAGUGUGUUCAAAGUGUGUUCAAUGUGUGUUCACAGUGUGUUCAUAGUGUGUUCACAAUGUGUUCAAUGUGUGUUCACAGAGUACCAUGGUGUGUUCACAGUGCGUUCACAAUGUGCUCAUAGUUUGUUCACAGAGUGUUCAUAGUAUGUUCACAGUGUGCCUAUAGUGUGUUCAAUGUGUGUUCAUAGUGUGUUCACAGCGUACUCAUAGUGUGUUCACAGUUGGUUCAUAGUGUGUUCAUACUGUGCUCACAGUGUGUUCACAGUGUGUUCAUAGUGUGUUCAUACUGUGCUCACAGUGUGUUCACAGAGUGUUCAUAGUGUGUUCAUACUGUGCUCACAGUGUGUUCACAGAGUGUUCAUAGUGUGUUCACAAUGUGCUCAUAAUGUGUUCACACUGUGCUCACAGAGUGUUCAUGGUGUGUUCACCGAGUGUUCAUGGUGUGUUCAUAGUGUGUUCAAUGUGUUUACUCAGUUUGUUCACAGUGUGUGCAUAGUAUGUUCUCGGUGUGUUCAUGGUGUGUUCAUAGUGUGUACACAGUGUAUUCAUGUGUGUUCACAGUGUAUGCAUAGUGUGUUCACAGUGUGUUCAUAGUGUGUUCAUAGUGUGUUCAUACUGUGCUCACAGUGUGUUCACAGAGUGUUCAUAGUGUGUUCAUACUGUGCUCACAGUGUGUUCACAGAGUGUUCAUAGUGUGUUCACAAUGUGCUCAUAAUGUGUUCACACUGUGCUCACAGAGUGUUCAUGGUGUGUUCACCGAGUGUUCAUGGUGUGUUCAUAGUGUGUUCAAUGUGUUUACUCAGUUUGUUCACAGUGUGUGCAUAGUAUGUUCUCGGUGUGUUCAUGGUGUGUUCAUAGUGUGUACACAGUGUAUUCAUGUGUGUUCACAGUGUAUGCAUAGUGUGUUCACAGUGUGUUCAUAGUGUGUUCAAAGUGUGUUCAUAGUGUGUUCACAGUGUGUUCACAGAGUGUUCACAGUGUGUUCAUACUGUGCUCACAGUGUGUUCAUAGUGUGUUUUCAGUGUGUUCAUCAUGUGUUUACAGUGUGUUCACAGAGUGUUCACAGUGUGUUCAUAGUGUGUUCACAGAGACUUCAUAGUGUGUUCACAGUGUAUUUACAGUGUGCUCAUGGUGUGUUCACAGAAUGCUGUUCCUAAUGUGUUCAUAGUGUGUUCACAGCGUGUUCAUAGUGUGUUCACAGUGUGUUCACGAUGUGCUCAUUGUGUGUUCACAGCGUACUCAUGGUGUGUUCAUAGUGUGUUCAUAGUGUGUUCAUGGUGUGUUCACGAUGUGCUCAUGAAGAUUUUCACGAUGUGUUCACGUAGUAAACUAUAUUGGUCAAUUCAACAAUAUGAAGAUGACUUAAUACUAUGCACGCCUCUACAGUUUGAAUGUUCACAGCGUGUUCUGGAAUUUACGACAUUAAAAAUGAGCGUUUGAACAGUGUGAAGAUGAUUUCACAUUUCGUUCCACACUAUCAGCACACUGAACAACUAUGAAACACUGUGGUACAAUGUAAUAGGCCUUAAAUUGUCAUUACCCAAAACAGGACACGAAAUCGUGGAAAUUCCAGAUUUUUGGUGUUGAAUAUAUUCCUAACAUUCAUUUUUGUGUGAGUGCAUUCAUGCUUGCAUUGUGUACAUCCCUUAUCAUUUGGUGAUUCAGAAAUCUGACAGCACCAAUUAAUUCUUUAAUUGUGUAGUAUAAUCAAAAUAUUUCCCAAUAGACCUUACGCAGUGACGUCAUCGGGCAGCCAUCUUAGAGGCUGAAGCCAUUGCCUUGCAUGCAUUGAGGAUCUGUAGCUGGUGCAUCUCUGACAACGCCUUUAUGCGCGUUUUCCUAUAUCCUCUGAGAGAGGGUGCUACAAGAUUAUGGCGUCAUUAUGCAAAAGGUCUAUCAAUUGAGAUAAUACUUCAAUAACGAUAUCCCAAGACUGGAACUAAACUUGAUCUUUAGGCGAAAGUCGAUAAGUGCUUCAUAUCACACGAUGUCAAUCCAGGGGCGGCGCAAGUGUAUUUUGAAGGGUGUUGGGGGCGCCGGGGACGACUUUUUCGGGACUAGUCUGUUGGCACAGACCUUUAGUUUCCGCAGAGUGCAUAAUAUAGAGUCUGAAGUAGUGAGACUAGAUUUACUCAUGUACCGUUGUGUUUCCACCAAUGUCAUUAGUUUGGAGUCUAUAGUCUCUGCCCAAGAUAUUUUUUAAAGUUUCAAAUUGUAAUCUGUGGUUGAAGACUAAUACUGAAUGAGGUGUAUUAUGCUGGUGUGUUUCGGUAUGGGGCUCUUAAACAAAAUUAGUUGUAUACGCCCUAUUUGCAUGUUAAUUUGUCGUGAUAAGCAAUCAGAUAUGUCUAUAUAAAUUACGUGAAAUGCAUAAACCUUUCUUGUAAAUUGAUGUCCCAUAUUGUAUUGUUUACCAAUGUCAUUUGCAAUAAUAAUAACAAUAAAUUGUCAUGCCUGUUGCUCCAAAGGA